CCCACGCACCGCCCGGGCGGGGGCCGGGGAAAUCCGCGCUCAGUGACUCCGGCCCCGACUGGCAGCGGGCUGGCCGCAGAGCUGGGGCUGGGCUGGGGGUCGCGCCCCACCGAGGGGCCAUGGGGCGGGCGGGGCAGCCCCCAGGCUGGAGCUGAGCGCGGGAGCGGAGCCCAGGAGAGGAGACGUCCGGCCCCGCGACGGGACUGGGUGCCCGGCGCCCCUGGCACCAUGUUCUCGGAGGAGCGGAAGGAGGGCAGCCCCCGCUUCGGGAAACUCCACUUCCCCGUCGGCCUAUGGAUCAACUCGCCCAAGAAACACUUCGUCAAGAUGAGCCGCCGCUGGCCCAGUGUGGGCUCCGUCAGGUCCACCUCCUCGGACACCGCCAGCCGGGGCAGCGAGACGGUGGAGCUGCGUCCCGCCGGCAAGGCGAAGGCGGGCCGCCACAAGCGCCUCUCCAACCUGUUCCACCGCAGCACCAGCAGUGGGGCGGGCGUGGGGGGCGGGCGCUGGGGCAGCGAGAAGAAGCUGGCGGAUCUCAUCGACCCGGUGCCCGAGGACCUGGUGGAGCUGUCCAGCCAGCCCCAGCUGCCGGGCAUCCUGAAGAUCUUCGGGGGAGCCAUCUCCCGGGGCGCCAACUACAAGAGCGUGCUGGCCACGCCACGCUCCACGGCGCGCCAGCUGGUGCGGGAGGCGCUGGAGCGCUACGGGGUGGCACCGGAGGAGGAGGAGGGGGGCUACGUGCUGUGCGACGUGGUGGGGCGCUUCGAGGGGCCCGGUGGGGCCUGGCAGGCCGAGCACCUGCGCCCCGUGGGCGACACCGAGCGGCCCCUGGUGCUGCAGGACGUGUGGAAGCCCAAGGCCGGCCUGUCACGGCGCUUCGAGGUGCGGCGUCGGCGCGAGGUGGAGAGGGUUGGCGAGGCCGAGGAUAACGAGACGGCGGGCAUCAACGCCCAGGCACGGCGGCUGCAGAAGAGCCGCUCACGGGCGGCCUCGGGGGGGCCGGCCCCCAAGGAGCGGGCCGACAACCUGUCCCUGCGCCGCAGCAUCAGCGACAUGAACCUGAGCGCCCGCAAGCGGCGUGAGCGCAAGGCCGUGCUGAGCGUGGCGGGUGCCGAGGUGGGGCCGGCCGGCGAGGAGCAGGAGGAGGAGGUGGCCCCGGCCCAGGAGGCAGAGCCGGCGGACGGGGGCGCCAAGUCCGGGGAGGCCGAGGACUCGGCGGACGGGGCCAACCUGGAGCAGCUGUCCCAAUGCCUGAUCCAGCCCCCCACCCAGCACCCCUACUUCCUGCUGCUGCUCGGCUGCGACAAGCAGGAUUUUGUGAUCUACGUGAUGACCCGGCGCCGGCACGUCUUUGGGCGCCGCCCCCAGCCCGACAAGGGGGGCUACGUGGACACCUUCCUCUGCGCCCCGGACAUCCUGCCCCGCCACUGCUGCGUGCGGGAGGCUGAGCCGGCCCCGGGGCCGGCCCUGGUGCGGCCCUUCCGGGGGGCGGCCGUCACCCUCAACGGGGGGGCCCUGGUGCGCGAGGCCGAGCUGCACCCCGGGGACCUGCUGGGGCUGGGCCAGCACUUCCUCUUCAUGUACAAAGACCCCCGGACCCAGCCCCGGCCGGCCUGGCUGCCCCGGCCCUGGGUCUCGCCCGGGCUGGCGGGCGCCUUCUCGUGCCAGGCCUGUGGGCGCUCCCUCCAGGAGAGGCAGGACGCCUUCCAGGCCUACGUGGAGAGCCGGGAGCCCGAGCUGCGCUACCGGCCCCAGGAGGAGGAGGCGCUGCUGAGGGAGAUCAUCCGGCUCCAGGGGGCCACCGCCUUCAACCUGGCCCCGGCCUUCCUCCUGGGCCUGUGCCUGGAGCACUCCACCCGCGUGCUGGAGCCCAGCCACUUCCCCCGCCUGGUGGCCAGGAUGGCCCAGCUGGUCAAGGAGGCCGUCUGGGAGAAGAUCAAGGAAGUUGGGGACCGGCAGCCGGAAAACCAGCAGGACAAAGGCCAGGUGGGGGCGCUCAGCAUCGAAGAGGUGGCGGCCGACUUGCGCCCCCUGAUGCUCUGGAUGGCCAACGCCAUGGAGCUGCUCAACCUGGUCCAGAAGAAAGUGCUGGACUUGGAGAAAGAACUCGACCUGGAGGGAAGUUCCCAUGAUGCUUUGCUGUCCAGCGACCUGGAGACCUGCGACGAGGCCAUGGCGGUGCUGGACGAGGUCAUCAUGUCCACAUUCCAGCAGUCGGUGUAUUACCUGACCAAGACCCUGUACUCAGCCCUGCCCGCCCUGCUGGACAGUAACCCCUUCACUGCCACGGCGGACCUGUCCCAUGCCCAGGAGCUGAGCACCAUGCCCGAGGGCAUCCGUGGCACCCUGGCCAUCUACCAGGCCACGCUGGAGCUGACCCGGGAGUGUGAGCUACACCCCGACCUGGUAUCCCAGACCUUCGGCUACCUCUUCUUCUUCUCCAAUGCCUCCCUCUUCAACACUCUCAUGGAGAGAGGCACCGGGGGGCCCUUCUACCAGUGGGCAAAGGCCGUGCAGAUCCGCACCAACCUGGACCUGGUGCUGGACUGGCUGCAGGGCGUGGGGCUGGGCGACAUCGCCGCCGAAUUCUUCCGCAAGCUCUCCACCACCGCCAACCUGCUCUGCAUCCCCAAGACCAGCCUGGUCAAGGCUACCUGGUCCCGGCUGCGCAGCGACUACCCGGCCCUGACGCCCGCCCAGCUCCACCAUGUGCUGAGCAACUACCACCUGGGGCUGGGCCGCCCGUACCCCGAGGGCUGGAACCCCCUGCCGGAGGAGAGGGAGGAGAUGGUGAACAGUGAGUGCCGAUAG